CUCAACUUGUCUCGGUUUCUAUCUUCAGUUCGAUCGUGUUUAGUUUGUGGUUGCUCAACGAAAAGGAAGAGUUUUUGGAAGCCAUUGAACAAAGAAGAAAGUUAAGUUUUCGAACGUGAAAAAACAAUGAAAUCUACUUGUUGGAAUUGUUUAACGUGAAAUAAUGUGAUAUUGUAUAAUAAUGUAGACAAUCAAGUAGUAAAUUAAGAACAACGAGAUGAUUCACUGAACUUCAAAAAUUAGAAUCGAGAUUCAACAAUCGUGGCAUGAUCUCAAGAGUUUAUUCACCAAUUAAAGUUGAGCACCAGUUAUUUUAAUUGUUUUUCUUAUCACUUAUUUAAAUUUGUUACAAUAACACAUGCAAAAUAAUUUAAUCAAAUUUAAAAAAAACAAGUCUUUAAUUAAGCCGAAACAAUGAGCGUAAAUUAUUUUGAAAUGCCUCCUCAUAUGGACAGGGUUUGUAGAUUAUGUCUUUCUGAAUGUAAUAAUUUAUCAUCAAUAUUUAGCUUAAAUCAAGAAUCAGGAGAAACUUCUGAACUCUCACAAAGAAUCCAAACAUGUGGUGCAAUUGAAAUUCAUGAAAGAGAUGGUCUGCCUUCAUUGAUCUGUGAUGUUUGCAUCUACAAAGCUAAUGUGGCACAUGAAUUUCGUCAACAAUGUCAGCAUUCCGAUGCUCGACUUCGGUUGUAUUAUAAUAAACCUGCUCGAUCUAAUUUUAUAGAUUCGAGUACUCAAACGGAGCUACAGACAAAUAUUAUUGUGACAAAAACAAUCAAUUCUCAACCUAAUUAUUUUGUAAAACAAGAAAUUCAAGCAUUAAAUCAAGAUUUAUCAAAUACAAUAGAAGUCUAUGAAACGACUGAAACAAUUGAUGUAGACGGAAAUCAUAUGACAACUGAAGUAAUCGAUGGAAAUCAUAUGGCAGCUGAAGAUAAAUUAUUUCUUUGCAAUAUUCAAUUUGAUGGAGCUAAAGAAAUAGAGAAAGGAACUGUAAUAAUAGAAACGCAUGAAGAUUCUCAACAAGCUGAUGCUACCGAAGUGGCAAUAAGUAAUGCAAUAGAGACAGAUCAAAACUUACAAGAGAAUCAAAACGUUACAAUAAUAAGUGAGAUGAAAAACGUAUCAACAGAAGAGUAUAUUAAUGAACAUCUAUUAACGUCAGCAAGUGCUGAUGAAGAAGAAGCGUUAGCUGAGGAAGAAGAAGGAGAGAUUCUAGGUGAUGAAGGAAUCUUAGAUGAAGAUGAAGAAGAUGAGGAGGAAGAUAUAGAACAAGAAGAAAAAACAGAAUCGCAAAUACAGCCUGGAGAAAAUGAAAAUAAAUGGGAAAAGGUUACGGAAGAUGAACCUCCUAAAAGACCAACACGUAAAGCGAAACCUACUGGAAAAUCUUAUAGUAUAGAUGAGAUGAUGGAUGAGGACGAUGAUGGUCAUGAAAAACAAAAAUUUAAAUGUAAAAUGUGUUCUAAACGUUAUAGCACUCAUAAAGGUUUACAAAAUCAUUCACUAGUUCAUCACAAAGUACACAAAUGUUCUACGUGUUUAAAAUCAUUUUAUAAAAUCGAAAACUUAGAAAAACAUCAGAAAAUUCAUGAAUCGAAACCACACGCUUGUCAAUUAUGCCAUGCUUGUUUUGCUAAGCCACAGAGUUUAGCAAGACAUCUAAACACUCAUUCAGAAAAGACAGAUAAUACACAAGGAAAUAAUAAUAAUAUUAAUAGUAAUGUCAGUGACAAUAAGAAAGACAUGAAGCAUGAAAAUGAGUCAGAUGAUGAUGAGUUGGGCCAGGAUUGCAAUCAGACAAAUGAACAAGAUGAAUUCAACAGUGCGCCAGGGUUGUACAAGUGUGGAAUGUGUAAUCAAUUUUGUUCAACUUUAAAAAAUCUUAAAAGACACGCACUAGUUCACGGAGAAAAGAAAUAUUCUUGCACGGUGUGUAAAAAAUGGUUCUUCCGACCCGAUACUUUGAAGAAACAUGCAGAGAAACACGGACACGGACUUUUAGAUAAUUUGGCUGAUGAAAAUAAAUUGUAUGAGUCAGAUGAUGAAAGCUUUAAUCGUACUUCCAAUAGUAAUAUGACAUCUAAUGAUCAAACUAAGAAAGAGGAGAGUGAUGAAGAUGGAUCAGGCAAGUAUAAAUGUCAGCAUUGUGAUAAAAUAAUGGCAACGAAAACAGGUUUAAGAAGACACGUUUCGAUGCAUAAGCCAAAAGCUGAGCCUGUGACGUGUGAGAUUUGUAAAAAGGUUUGUGCAAGUCAAGCACGUCUUGUUCUUCAUCAGAAAACUCACAAUAAGCCAAAAGAAAAAGUUCCUCGUGAGUAUCUUUGUCAUAUCUGCAGCAAAGUUUAUCCAAGCAAUUCUUCUUUGACGUAUCACAUGAGAACACACUCAGGAGUGAAGCCUCACGUCUGUAAAACAUGCAACAGUGGUUUUACGACUACUACGAGUCUUGCUAAUCACAUUCGUAUUCACACUGGUGAUAAACCUUUCGUUUGCCAUGUUUGUAGCGCUGCAUUUGCCGUCAGUUCUGCUUUCCGGCGUCACUUAACCCGUCACACUGGCGAAGCCAAUUAUCUUUGUAAAACCUGCGGCAAAGCAUUCAAAAGGCUGAGUACUUUAAAGGAACAUACUUACACGCACUCUGGAGAGAAACCGUAUGUUUGUAAAACAUGUGGUGCUGCCUACAGUCACAGUGGAAGUUUAUUCGCUCAUCAGAAGCGUUGUAAAGCGCAAUAUGGUGAAAUUUUACAAGAUGAUCCUCUUUCUCAUGUUACUCAUCAUAUUCAUAUUAAUGUAGAAUCGCCUGUAAGGCCUAUGGCCUUCAUUGGUCCAACAUUUUAAAGCAAACCGUCAAAUAAAAGACGAAAAACUGUGAAUAAUAUAACAAUAUAUUCAAAAUAUUUAAAUAUGUUUUGAGAACAUAACAACUAAUUGAAAUAAUUAAAAUGUAGAUAAAAAAUGUUCUCCAUUUCUCAAUAAUUUGAGCAGUGAUAUUGUGUCAUCAAAAGGAGACUGAAUUAUUCUAACAAUAAUAACAUUAAUAAUGAUGAUAAUAAUGAAAAUUAUCAUAAUCGUUAUUAUUUUAAAAUUUAAAAUUAAAAAUUACCGAAUCGCUGCCUCAUCAAUGCUAUAAUGAUGUUAAAUCGAUUAGAGUAUUAUUUUUUACUCACAUUAAAUGAUGAUGGCUUUAAGUAGUAGUUUUCUAUCUUGAUAAACUCAUUAACCACUCUAAAUUUCGACAAUAGAAUGAUCAAUUACACAUUUAUGUAUUGAUGGUAAAAUACAUGUUGACAUCUGUACAAAAA